CGCGCCAAGUCACAAGCGUGCCUCCACAGAGGCAGAGCGCACCAACCUCUGCCUGGACACUUUUUUUCCUCCCCCCCUCCCUCUACUUCCAUCGGGAGGGAUGAACGCCGAGUGCCGCUGAGGAGCGCAGGAGUUUGACACCCAAGUUUUUUUUUUUUUAUAUUGUGCACCGCGUUUGGCGCGUCCGCCAUCCAAGCCUCGUCGUUCUCGGGGAAACUCUCUGGGGGCCCACACCAGUCGCGCACGCACGCACGCACGCACGCACGCACGUAGACCGGCACCAUGCAGGAGUCCGAGGCAACGGUGUGCCAGCUGCAGCCCAACAUAAUCUCGGUGCGUCUUUUCAAGAAGAAGGUGGGCGGCCUGGGCUUUCUGGUCAAGCAGAGGGUCUCCAAGCCGCCCGUCAUUGUGUCGGACUUAAUCCGGGGCGGCGCCGCCGAGGAGUGCGGCCUGGUGCAGGUGGGCGACAUCGUGCUGGCCGUCAACAACAAGCCUCUGGUGGACCUGUCCUACGAGCGCGCCUUGGAGACGCUGAAGAACGUCCUACCUGAGAGCUACGCCGUGCUCAUCCUCCGCGGGCCCGAGGGAUUCACCACUCACCUGGAGACCACCCUGUCUGGAGAUGGCCGCCAACGCACCGUGCGGGUCACCAGGCCCGCCUUUCCGGUCUCUAAGUCCUACGAGCACUGCAGCCCCUUUGGCCCCGUGCAGCAGCAGCAGGCCAACAAGGAGCCUCAGCUGAGGGCCAUAGAGAACCUCUCUUCGCCGUCCAUAACGCAAUCGCUGCUGCAGAGGGGCGGCGUCCCAGCCCAGGACCCCCUGCUCAUGAGGGAUGGCAGCCGAGGUGGCCUCCUGUGUAAUGGGCUGGAGGAGAACAACGACUUGUUGAAUGAAAUAGAGCCGGUGCUGCGGCUUAUCCGGGGCGCCAAAAAGGAGCUCAACGGUGACGGCCAGAGGAACGCGGCGCGGCGGGAUGCAGAAAUUCAAGUGGCCUGGGACCUCGCCGUGGGAAACGGAACAUCAUCCCAGCUGGCGUCCGAUCACAACAAGAGGCGGGAGAACAUGCCGGUGGUGCUGCACAACAUUGAGGCCGAGCAGAGCUCAACCAUGGGAAAGACUUCGCCCACCAAGUCGCUGCAGAACGGAAGCCCCUCCAAGUGCCCGCGCUUCAUCAAGAUCAAGAACUGGGAGACCGCGACCGUCUACAAUGACACUCUACAUCACAGCUCAAACAAGAUCUGCAAUGAGAACGUGUGCCUGGGGUCGGUGAUGGUGCCCAACCUGCACGCCCGCAAGCCAGACGAGGUCCGGAGCAAAGAGGAGCUCCUUCCCCUGGCCACCGACUUCAUCGACCAGUACUACACAUCCAUCAAAAGGUAUGGCUCCAAGGCCCACACGGACCGGUUGGAGGAGGUCACCAAGGAGAUCGAGGCCUCGGGAACGUACGUGCUCAAAGACACGGAGCUAAUAUACGGAGCCAAGCACGCAUGGAGGAACGCUGCCCGUUGUGUUGGGAGGAUCCAAUGGUCCAAAUUACAGGUUUUUGAUGCCAGGGAUUGCACAACAGCUCACGGAAUGUACAACUACAUCUGUAACCACAUCAAGUACGCCACCAACAAGGGCAACCUGAGGUCAGCCAUUACCAUAUUCCCCCAAAGGACGGACGGUAAGCACGACUUCCGCGUGUGGAACUCUCAGCUGAUCCGUUACGCCGGCUACAAGCAGCCCGACGGAAACAUCCUGGGAGACCCCGCCAAUGUUGAAUUCACGGAGAUCUGCAUGCAGCUGGGAUGGAAGGCUCCCAAGGGCCGCUUUGACCACCUGCCCCUCCUGCUGCAAGCUAACGGCAAUGACCCCGAGCUCUUUGAGCUCCCUGAGGACCUCAUACUGGAGGUGCCCAUCACACACCCCAAGUAUGAGUGGUUCAAGGACCUAGACCUGAAGUGGUACGGUCUGCCGGCCGUCUCCAACAUGCUGCUGGAGAUCGGCGGCCUGGACUUCACUGCCUGCCCCUUUAGCGGAUGGUACAUGGGCACGGAGAUCGGCGUUAGGGACUUCUGCGACAGCUCCCGCUACAACAUUCUAGAGGAUGUCGCUAACAAGAUGGCCCUGGACACCAGGAAGACGUCCUCCCUCUGGAAAGACCAAGCUCUGGUAGAAGUCAACAUCGCUGUUCUCUACAGCUUCCAGAUCUGCAAAGUAACCAUUGUGGACCAUCAUUCGGCCACCGAGUCCUUCAUGAAGCACAUGGAGAACGAGUACCGGGUGCGAGGGGGUUGUCCCGGAGACUGGGUGUGGAUCGUGCCGCCCAUGUCGGGAAGCGUCACGCCCGUCUUCCACCAGGAGAUGCUUAACUACCGCCUCACGCCCUCUUUUGAGUACCAGGCGGAUCCUUGGAAUACUCACGUGUGGAAAGGCGUCAAUGGGACGCCCACCAAGAAAAGAGCCAUCGGAUUCAAGAAGCUUGCCAAGGCGGUGAAAUUCUCCGCCAAGCUGAUGGGUCAGGCGAUGGCGAAGAGAGUCAAGGCGACCAUCCUGUUCGCCACCGAGACGGGAAAAUCUCAGGAUUACGCCAAAACCCUGUGUCAAAUCUUCAAGCACGCCUUCGACGCAAAGACCAUGGCCAUGGACGAGUACGACGUAGUGCACCUGGAGCACGAGACGUUGGUGUUAGUGGUGACCAGCACCUUCGGCAACGGUGAUCCGCCUGAGAACGGAGAGAAAUUUGGCGCCGCCUUAAUGGAGAUGCGGCACCCGACCUCAAACACCGAAGACAGAAAGAGUUACAAAGUCCGUUUCAACAGCGUGUCCUCCUACUCGGACACCAGGAAGUCGUCCAGCGACGAGCCGGAAGCAAAAGUCAACUUUGAGAGCACUGGGCCGCUUGCCAACGUCAGUUGCAAUGGCACCGAUGUCUCGAAGACCACCAGUCAGGAAGGAACUGGCUCAAACGAGAAGACGACACGCCGCCACCCUCCGCCGGCAAAGCCACGGGGAAAAAAAACGCUGAAGUUCUCCGUGUUUGGCCUGGGAUCCAGGGCCUACCCGCACUUCUGCGCCUUCGCCCACGCGGUAGACACGCUCUUUGAGGAGCUCGGAGGAGAGCGCAUCCUCCGCAUGGGGGAGGGGGAUGAACUGUGUGGCCAGGAGGAGUCCUUCAGGACCUGGGCCAAGAAGGUUUUUAAGGCUGCCUGCGACGUGUUCUGCGUGGGCGACGACGUCAACAUCGAGAAGGCCAACAACUCCUUGAUCAGCAACGAUCGCAGCUGGAAGAAGAGCAAGUUCCGACUGACGUACAAUGCCGAGGCGCCGGCUCUUACUGACGCGCUCUAUAGCAUCCACAAGAAGAGAGUUUUUGGAGCCAAAAUGCUGGAAUCUCAAAACCUCCAAAGUUCCAAAUCUAAUCGCUCCACCAUAUUUGUGCGUCUUGACACAAACAACCACGACAAGCUGAGCUACCACCCCGGCGACCAUCUGGGCAUCUUUGCUGGAAACCACGAGGACCUGGUGAUGGCGCUCAUAGACAAACUGGAGGACGCGCCACCUGUCAAUCAGAUUGUCAAAGUGGAGUUCCUGGAGGAGAGGAACACCGCCCUAGGUGUAAUCAGUAACUGGACCAACGGGACCCGCAUCCCCCCUUGCACCAUCACCCAGGCCUUCCAGUACUUCCUGGACAUCACCACGCCCCCCAGUCCCGUGCUUCUGCAGCAGUUUGCUGCCCUGGCAACCAACGAAAAACACAAAAAGAGGCUGGAAGUGCUCAGUAAGGGCCUUCAGGAGUACGAGGAGUGGAAGUGGUUCAACACUCCCACGCUGGUGGAGGUACUGGAAGAGUUCCCGUCCAUCCAGCUGCCCUCCACCUUGCUGCUCACCCAGCUGCCUCUGCUGCAGCCUCGCUACUACUCCAUCAGCUCCUCGCCGGACGUACACCCAGGGGAGAUUCACCUCACUGUGGCCGUGGUCUCCUACCGGGCCAAAGAUGGAGAGGGACCCGUUCACCACGGAGUGUGCUCCUCCUGGCUCAACAGGAUCGAGAAGGGCGACAUGGUGCCAUGUUUUGUCCGAGGGGCGCCAAACUUCCAGCUGCCCAAAGACCACCAGGCUCCUUGCAUCCUGGUGGGCCCAGGAACCGGCAUCGCCCCCUUCAGGAGCUUCUGGCAGCAGAGGCUGUUUGAUCUCGAACACAAAGGGAUCGAGUCGUGGCCCAUGAUCCUGGUGUUUGGCUGCCGGCAGUCCGAGAUGGACCACAUCUACAAGGAGGAGACCAUCCAGGCGAAGAACAAGGAGGUGUUUAAGGAGCUCUACACAGCCUAUUCCAGAGAACCUGGCAAACCAAAGAAAUACGUGCAGGAUGUUCUACGUGAGCAGCUGUCAGAGAGAGUGUACCAGUGCAUGAGGGAGGAGGGAGGACACAUCUACGUGUGCGGAGACGUCACUAUGGCCGGCGACGUCCUGAAGACGGUGCAGCAAAUCAUCAAGCAGCAGGGCAACAUGAGCCUGGAGGAUGCCGGCUUCUACAUCAGCAAGCUGCGGGACGAGAACCGCUACCACGAGGACAUCUUCGGGGUCACCCUGCGCACUUACGAGGUCACCAACAGACUGCGGUCCGAGUCCAUCGCCUACAUCGAGGAGAGCAAGAAAGAUUCGGACGAGGUUUUCUGCUCGUAGGCCUACCAUGUGAAGACCACGACCACGGCGGCGAGGGCGGCAGGCAGGCGCCAGGAUGCAGCAGCACUGGUUCGACAAUACUGUGCCAAUUUUUGUACUGCGAAAAAACUUCUAAAAAUAUAUAUACAUAAAUAUAUAUGUAUGUAUGUAUAUAUAUAUAUAUAUAUAUAUAUAUAUAUAUAUAUAUAUAUAUAUAUAUAUACAUAUAUGUUUUUCUCUUUUAUACCAAGUUUCUGUUUCCGCUGAGGCUCGUUAGCGAGCAAGAUGCUAAUUGGUUCCUCUUAAGUGUAAUGACUUGCCUCGUUGUGAAUGCAUGACGUGAGAAUAUAAUCCCGAAUCUGCGUGUUACCUUGCUGCACCCUUAAAGGCUUUCUUUGUCA